AUGAGUUUCCGUGGAGGUAGAGGAGGUGGUCGUGGUGGAGGCCGAGGAGGCGGCGGUGGCUUCAGAGGCGGUCGUGGUGGCGGCGGCGGAGGCCGUGGCAACUGGCAAGACCAGGGACCACCAGAACAAGUCGUAGGUAAGUGUUUUGAUGCCCUGGUUUUUAUUCAUAACUUAGGUGAUGAUUUGAAUGAUAGAAUCGAACGUCUUGACUGUAUUUUGGCCUAAAACACGGUAUUUUGUGAUAAGAUACAAAGCCUUGUUGCUUAAACGCCGUUGAAAACUCCUAGGUUUUUGUUUUGCUGCAAUUUCAUCAAGAAAUCACUGCAUAUUCACCUUGCUUAUGUGUUCUUUUCAGAAGUUGGUCAAUUCCUUCAUGCUUGUGAGAAUGAUCUCGUUUGUACGACAACCUGUGGAAAGAUUCCGUUCUUCAACGCUCCAGUUUACUUCCAGAAUAAAGAACAGAUUGGUAAAAUAGACGAAAUCUAUGGAAGUCCUCAAGAAAAUGUAAGUUUUGUUUAUAUUAUCGUUGUUUUCUUUUAGAAUUCGCUUGUACUCAGCUAAUUGUGUUCCUUCCCUAGUUUGAACAUUAUUGGCCUAUUUUUUUAUUUACACAUCAUGAUGAAUAUAAUUACGUCUUAUUUUCAGGGGUUCACAGUAAAACUCAGUGAUGGCGUCAAAGCUGGCUCCUUCAAAUCCGAGCAGAAGCUGUUUAUCGACCCAGCCAAACUUCUUCCAGUCGAAAGAUUCACAAAUCCCCAGAAAUCUGGAGGCCGCGGGCGAGGAGGGGCCCGAGGAGGUCGUGGAGCUCCUGGAGGUGGAAGGGGUGGCUUUGGAGGAGGCCGAGGCGGUGGUGGUGGACGUGGUAGUUUCGGCGGCGACCGAGGCCGAGGUGGAUUUGGAGGUCGCGGCGGAGGCGAUCGUGGAGGUCGCGGAGGCUUUGGAGGAGGCCGUGGAGGAUUCGGAGGUGGAGAUCGUGGCCGAGGAGGUAAGUACUGGAAUUCUUUUAUUAAAUACUACUUUCUAUAUCAAAGUAGAGUCAGGCUAAACCGCUUUUUAAGAUCUAUUAUUCUUUUUGUACCUAUUAUAAUAUAAAUUUGCUUAUUUUCAGGUCGCGGUGGUGGAUUCAACCGAGGCGGUGGUGGUGGCGACUUCAAACGUAACAGCUCCUUCGGUGGAAGCGGCGGCGGUGGUGGCCCGCAGAACAAACGCACGAAAUUCGAUGAUUAA